AUCAAGCCCCUAGGCAUGCAGACUGCUUCUACAAAUAUUGGUGAAAGAAUGGGUCACUCUCAGGAGCUCAGUGACUCCAAGCGUGGUCCCGUGAUAGGUGGCCACCUGGGCAAUAAGUCCAUCCGUGACAUUUCCUGGCUACUAAAUAUUCCACGCUCAACUGUUAGUGGGAUUAUAACAAAGUGGAAGCAACUGGGAACAGCCACUCAGCCACAUCACAUGACAGGGUAGGCCACGUCACAUGACAGGGCGGGGUCAGCGCAUGCUGAAGCGCACAGUGCGCAGAAGUCGCCAACUGUCUGCAGAGUCAAUAGCUAAAGACCUCCAAACUUGGUGUGGCCUUCAGAUGAGCCCAACAACAGUGCGUAGAGAGCUUCAUGGAAUGGGUUUCCAUGGCCGAGCAGCUGCAUCCAAGCCUUCCAUCACCAAGUGCAAUGGAAAGCGUCGGAUGCCGUGGUGUAAAGCACGCCGCCACUGGACUCUAGAGCGGUACUUGCCUGACUGCAUUGUGCCAAGUGUAAGGUUU